AAUGUACGAAUAAAAUUAUACUUUUAUAUUAUUACAUAUAUUAAUGUAUUUAUGAUUACAGUUUUAUGUAUUAAGAAUGACCUAGUAUCUUAGAAUUUAAAGGUAAGAAAAAAUGAAUAGAGAGAGAGCCGAGCUAGCUGCUGUUGCUAAUUACAAAUAAAUGUGCCAAAUUAGAUCUUUAGAUCUUUUUGUAUUUUGUUUCUUAUCACUUGACAUGUAAUUUGUUUAAAUUUUAGGGUUGAAAAGGAGAUAUUACUUUAAGAUCCAAACUGUUUAUUGGAAAAUAUAUAUGAUGUAUUUAUGUUUAUCGCUUCAUCUUUAUUCAUUAUUAAAUGUUAGCAAGAACAACUAACUUGGCUCUGCAGCCGAUUUUUUAUCUUUGAAUUUUAUUGAAAAGAUUCUAAAAUUGUCGUUUAAUUUUUACAAUUGUUUAGCAUUUCAUAAUAAUAAUGCACUUUUAGAAAAUAAUACACGUCAAAAACUUUUAACGCUCUCAGACUCUCGUUUCUGAAAAUAAGCGUCGCACGUUAUGAAUGCGUUAUGAAAUGGGAAAACAACUAUGAAAUGAGAUGUUGGAGCAGCAAUAGAUAGACAUAGUUACGUCACAUUUCUAGAGAUGUGUGAACUAUUCGAAUACGAAUUGGAUCGAAUCAAGUAAAAUUCAAUUUGAUUCGAAUUGGAAACGCUACGAUUCAAAUUCGAAUUAUUUGAAAAUUUCAAAUCUGAAAGUUACGAAUCACAUAUAUUGGCAAUCUUAUAAAAUCGUAUUUAAAUAAUUUUAUAUAAUCAAAAAAUUUUGUAUAAUCAAUAUUAUUUUUUUUACAAAAUUUGUUUAUAGAAAUCUUUUUAUUUAUAUAUUAAAAUAUAACAUAAUAAUAAUUAUGGUUAUUAAUUCAAAGUUACAUUUGAUUCGAUUUAAUUCAAUUCAGUUUGAUUCGUACAAUUUUGAUUUGGAUUUGAACAACGGAAUGAAAUUCAAUUUUAUUCAAUUUGAUUUGGCGUCAAAGAACUUGAUGUUGAUUCGUACAUCUCUACACAUUUCAAUUUCAAGCCCGAAAUCCCACAAAUCCCGAAUAGCACCACUGUUUCAUUCAAUAUUCAUCUAUCUAUAUGUAUACUGGAUAUAUAUAUAUUCUUCGCAAUUUCGUUAUUCAUUUUUCCGCUGCCGAACCAUCCAUGUCUGAAUCGGCUAUCGCGUGAUAGUCAUAAUGGUAGCUUCGAGCCGAAACAGCCUUCCUGUGGUUAUAGGGCUUUCUUAAGUAUUCGGUUGCAUCUGUCAUCCCGAAUUUCCCUCGAGAGACACCGAGGCCUCAACGAGGAGGAUUCCUAAGGCGAUACGCGAGGCAUAACAUGACGUCCCUCGCUCGUAUUUGGCGGCCGUUCGAUUUGCGGCGCCUGACAUUCCGGCGAAAGCACGGUAUGUUUGAGAGAUCGAAGGAUUACGACUCGCGAGCCAUGCCGCCGGAGACGACGGAUGAUGAUUCCCGCUGCGACUCUCCUUGCCCACCGUGCCCUUCGUCGCCCCCGACGCCGCCGCCGUGUCCUCCACCGCCAACUUAUCACGUACCGCACUCCAAUCCACGCAAGCUUGCAUUUUGGCGCAUGCUGUCCCUCUGCGUCGCGGCACCGCUGAUCGUAAUCAUGUCGGUGGUCACUUAUGUGCGGCAGCGAGAAAAAAUGAAGGAACCAAGGGAGCCGUACAUGGAUUAUCCGUACAUGUAUCGUCGGACUAAGGUUCUAGUCGACCCCGUUUGUCAGAACUGUCGGGAGAAACGGGACCUAAGAAAUUUCUUUCUACGUGCAUUAUCCGCCCGAUUUCGCGAACGUAGCCUCUCGCGUGAACACGGCUCCGAGUGUCUCGUUUUAUGACACUGCACGGAGAAAAUUUUACCUCGAAUAUUACUGUAACAAGUAGUAAGUGCGAAUCAAGGAAGGAAUUAUAAAAAAUUUUAUUAUGUUUUCGAAUUGUCAUAGUAUUUGCACUACUUAUGUUAUAAUUCUUUGAAAUUGUCUUUUAUCUAUCUGGCUAUUAUCGUACGUAGUAAAAUUUUCUCCGUGUACAAAUGGCGAUUUUUGAUCUGUCAAUGUGUUGUCAAAGAGACUUUCAAUUAUUGAUGAAUGACAUGGCAGUUGUAGAGCAUUUUGUAUACAAUUAUUCUAAAAAUGUUAUACUAUAUCAUACACAUGGUACAUGAUUUUUCGAAAAGUAAUUGUUUUCUUUUUUUAUCUUAUUACAACUAAUUUUUAUCUUAUUAUUGCUUAAAAGUAUUAAAAUAUGAUUAUUAAAAAAUCAAUAAUUUAAAUAUUUUAUUUUCAAACGUGCCACAACGACGUGUAUAAAAUAUCUGUAAAUUAUUGAUUUUUUGAUAUUUCUGAACCCUCUAAGGCUCAGGUUUUUAUAGGAGUUGUAGAAUUUUUCUGACAGCGUAAAUUAUUUAUUUUAUACUUCUGAUUAAAAGUUAUGUCGGUUAUAAUGCAUAAAAACGAGAAAAACUUAGUUUUUUUGAACUAAAAUAUGGGUCUUAACUUUAAAACGAUAUCUCCUGCACAUAAUAAGUCUGGGAAGCAAUUUUAAGUAGUUUAUUUAUUUAGUCAGGUCCACUUUUAAUAAAUUUAUAUUUAUUAUAUCUUAAAAAAUAUUUUUACUUUAAAUUGGAUGAAUUAAAUUGGACGAUUUUCAGAAAGCGCAACGUGCACGCGCUUUUUUGUUCACAUUGUUGACACUAUAUUAUUAUUUUUUAACGGGCUCAUUGAUGAAUUAUGGACUUUGAUAGCAUAGACAGUUUCAUCAAAGUCUACUUGAGACAACUCUAUUGAUAAAAUUCUUUAAUUAUAAAAUUUCAGUAUAUAUUAACGUAUUUGAAUGUACAGGACAUGGGUAUCUCGUUCGGCCUUAGAAGGUUAAUAUUGUACUUUUAUAUGCAGAAUAAUUAAAAAAACCCUAUUUUAUAAAAAAUUAUAUAAUUACAUAAAAAAAAAUAAAAGUGACCUUUAAAUCUUAGAAAUUAUUUCAUUUAGAAAAAAAUUGCAUCAUGUAAUGUUACCUUUAAUAUCAAACAGUUAGCAGAAAAAAUUUUUUUUUCCGCUUAGAAAUUUCUAAAACUCAAGCCUGUGAUUCACUGCCUGUGAUUCAUUCUAUACAAAUGUAUAAAAUCAUCGUGGAAUGAUUGCGUUGCAAAUUGCUCACGGAAUUUAUAUUGAGUUCAAUUGAUCAAAUUUGAAGAUGAAUAUAGAAUACGAUGACUUUUCCACUAAAUUAUACGGUUUAGAAUGAAGAAUUUUUGAAUUGUAUUACUUAAACAUAAAGAAAGCAUAAAGAUAUAAUUUGCUCCUUUUUUUAAAUUUACAAUGAAAAUAUAAAACAAAUCAGUCUUGAUUGAAUCUAUUUUGAAAAUAUUAUUGCUAAAAAGUCCAACUUUAAAUUUUGUAAGGCGAUUAAAUUCUGGCAAUUUAUAUAAAUUCUUGUUUCGUCAUUUAUAUUAUCACAGUGGUCUAUUUCUCUUUGAAAACUAAACCUAUUUUCUUUGCAGUCUUGAUUAUCGAUUAAUGAAGUCCCACAAUUUCACUAAUCUUACUCUAGUUUGCCUACGCGUUAUAAAUUUCACUAUAUAUUUUCCUACAUUUCGUAAAAUUCAAGAGAACGAUGGAAGAAAGAUCUGUUCCUUUGAUUUUGGAUUUGUAAACAGAACGAUUUUUCAGUUUUAUUACAUCUCUCAACCGUAUAAACCAUUUUUCAGUAAUUCGAGGCAAAAUUAAUAUUUUUAUCUCCCUAGAAGUGAAAAAAAAA